AGGUGUCCUGAAUGGGUGAACAUGAACCCGAAGAAUAAUUGCAUCGAUACCAGGACUGAAUCAAUUUUGAAGAGCUGGACAUGCUUUUUAAAGAGAUGAUAAGCACUGUUUGGGGAUGCAAGAAACCCUUGAAACAAGAGCCAUGAAACUGUACAUCAUCUGCUUCCUGGCAGUGGUGAGCAAAGAAACCUCUAACUACCAACUACCUGAUGGGACAUCCUGUGAAAUGGCAAACUCCCAGGCAUUUUGCCACAACAAAGACCUCCACCAAAUCCCUCGUGAACUCUAUCCAAAUGUAAACAAAAUAGAUCUGUCAGGAAAUCUGAUUCAAAGCAUUCCUGAAAUGUCACCAUCAUUUUACACUUCCCUUCAGUGCCUGGAUUUGAGCUCUAACCAGAUAAGUUUCAUCACGCCUGGAGUCUUCGCACACAUGAAGAGUUUGCUGGAAAUAAAUUUAGCCAACAAUCACUUAUAUGAGCUUGCUCAAAAUGGCACAGAGGGGAUUGGACUCUUACCCAAGGUGGAAGUACUGGACUUGUCCCACAACAGUCUGUACAAUGGGAUGGCUGAGUAUUUCAUUAAAGAAGCUCCAGCACUGCAGUAUCUUUCCUUGGCAGACAACAGUAUUAUAAUGAUUUCACAAAAGAUGUUUCAGGGAUCUCCCAAUCUUGUGGAGAUAGAUCUUCAGAGCAACAUCAUCAUGGAAAUAGAAGAAGGUGCUUUUGAUACUCUAGUGAGCCUGUCCAAACUCAAUCUCUCAAAGAAUUCAAUUACUUGCAUCUCUGAUUUUAACCUCAGGCAGCUGGAGAUACUUGACCUUAGCAGGAACAGCAUUGAGACCUUCCACACCACAAAAUCAGAUGAUGAAUAUAGCUUAAGGUGUUUGGAUCUGAGUGAAAACAAACUGCUUCAUUUCCCAGUGUUCCCUCAGGUAAAUAAGCUGGUAACUCUGAAUUUAUCAAAGAAUUUAAUCCAGCUCACUGCUGAAUCCCCUCAUAAUAAAAUGGACUAUGUGAAAAAUGAAUGGCUAAAUGCUUCUGUCCAUCUUCUCGACCAGAAGCAAAGUAGAAACAAAAGUUCUCUUUAUUUAUCACAGCUUGUAUAUUUAGACUUAAGUUAUAAUGAAAUCAAAUCCAUUCCAGAUGGGUUCUUUGAAUCAAUGUUGUCCCUUCACACCCUUAAUCUCAGUAAAAACUGUCUUCAGGCAUUUGCAGUAAGUUAUGACAGUGCACUGAUCUCUUUAACUGUCCUUGACUUGAGCUACAAUGCUUUGCAGAACCUUCUCCUCGAUGCUGGUACAUUGUCAAAUUUGAAGGAGCUCUAUAUUCAAAACAACUAUCUUCAAACACUGCAAUUUGACAUCUUCUCAAACCUUCCUAGCCUUAGACUGCUUAAUCUACAAAGCAAUAACAUCAGCCUUUGCAGCAUGUACUCAGGACUGGCUAAGCAAAGACUUGCUGGAGAGGAAAGUGGUUGUGUAUCAUUUAUCAAUUCUCCCACUCUUCAGUACUUGUACCUAGCUGACAACAUGCUGAACGUCCUACCAGCAUACAGCUUCUACAAGACUCCUCUGGUUGUCUUGGACCUCUCCAUUAACGCUGGACUGAAAAUAGAACUUAAAGCAUUAUCAGGUCUGGAAUUGUCUCUGGAAUGUUUGUAUUUAUAUGGUAAUGGCCUGGUAGAUUUAAAUAUUGACUUGCCUUGUUUUAGUCACCUUAAACAUUUGAACCUCUCUGAAAAUCAGCUGAACUGGCUGCCUAAGUGGAGUAGUGACUCUCCACUAGAAGUUCUGGACCUACGGAACAACAGGUUCAGUACAUUACAGAACAGCAAUAUUUUAGCAUUAGAAAAUUCACUAAAAAACUUGUAUCUCACUGGGAACCCACUCAGCUGCUGUGGAAACAUCUGGCUUUCAUCCAUGAUCCAGAACAAAAAUGUCCAGAUCCCCAAUGUGGAGCAUUUAACGUGCCAGCACACUCAGAAUUUCGGGUACCAGGAUGAAAUGCACAUCAAGAACAUUAGACCAGAAGACUGUGAAAAAGAGGAUCUGAAGAAAAUCAACUUCCUUACUAUACUAACAUUUGUGUUGGUUUUAUCUGUGAUCAUCAUUGGUGUGGGUUCAUUUUUUUGCUUCCGCAGGCAAAACUUUACCCAUCCGUUUAAAGCAUAGUAACACAAAAUGUCUUGAAAACUGAAGAAAUCAGGUGCUACACUGACAGUGUGUAGAAAUAAGGGUAAAAUUCUCAUCUUUGAUUUUCAGCUGUGGAUUUUAAAUGCUUUUGAAGUGCCCCUGAAUUACACCACUGGUAUGGGUUGCAGGGAUUUGAAGGAGAAUUUGCCAUGUUUUGCAGAUCCAUGGUUUAACUCAAAGAGGACAAAAUUGGCCCUUGUGUGCAAUAUAUAUUUAACUGAGUUUAAUGUGAAGAAAGUCAUCUCUGGGGUGAAGUGUUUUUUAAAAAAAAUCCUGGAGCAUGAAUUUCAACCAGCUAACAUUGAACUGAAAUGUUUAUAUUUCUAAGAAAAACUGUUGGAAAAUCACUGCAUAUGACUGCAUUUCAAUGCAGAAGAAUAGUAUAUCUAUUUUUAAAGACCACGGGAGGUU